GUGCUAUACCCUAUAAUUGACCUCAUUUGGAGUAAUUGGACCACUCCAUCACCACCCACACCAUUCGAGCCUCACAGAGAUAACUCCAAGUCUUAAGCUAAGAAAGCCAUGAGCAAAUCGGAGGUAGUGUUCAUCUCAACCCCUGGAUCAAUCGGAAACCUAGUCCCACUCGUCGAGUUCGCUCAGUUCCUAGUGAACCAUGACCCUCGACUCCACGCCACCAUCCUCAUAAUCACCAUGCCCCAAAGACCCACCAUCAACACUUACAUCCAAUCCCGCGCCGCCGCUUCAGCCACCACCAUCAACUUCCUCCACCUCCCCAUCGUAGACCCUCUUACAGAGGAUGAGUACCAGUCCUCCAUCGCCUACCUUUCCCUACUCAUACAAAAAAACAAGCUCCACGUUAAACAUGCGCUCACCGAGCUCAUAUCCUCGACCGAGUCGAACCCAGUUGUUGCGUUUUUCGUGGACAUGUUUUGUACGUCCAUGAUCGACGUCGCCAACGAGCUUGACGUUCCUUGUUACAUGUUCUUCGCUUCUCCGGCGACGUUUCUGAACUUCAUGUUUCAUAUUCCGGUCCUGGACGCCGAAAUCUCCGACGACUUUGUCGACUUGGAUACUGAGUUGACUAUACCGGGUUUUGCUAACUCGGUGCCUCCGAUGGUGCUGCCUACGGCGCUGUUGAAUAAGAAGGGAGAUGCGUACGCUUGCUAUUUAGCCCAUACGGCAAGGUACAAGGAACCCAAGGGUAUUGUUGUAAAUACGUUCAAGGAAUUGGAGCCACACGCGCUUUACACGUUGGCUACGAGUGAUUUGCCGCGAGUUCACGCUAUUGGGCCGGUUGUUGAUCUUAACGGGGUGGCCCAAUGGCAGAAUCCCGACCGGUACGAGAGCGUGGUGAAGUGGCUCGAUGACCAGCCUCCGUCAUCGGUGGUGUUGUUGUGCUUUGGGAGCAUGGGAAGUCUUAAUGGGCCUCAGGUGAGGGAGAUUGCAUUUGGGCUUGAAAGAGCCGGGUUUCGGUUUUUAUGGGCUUUGCGUGAACCGCCCAAGUCCAAUGUAUACCUACCGACCGACCCCACAAACGUCGACGAGGUAUUGCCGGAUGGGUUUUUGGAACGGACAUGUAAAUUGGGCUUAGUGUGCGGGUGGGUCCCACAGGUGAAGAUUCUAGCCCACCAAGCGAUCGGAGGGUUUGUAUCGCAUUGCGGGUGGAACUCGAUUUUGGAAAGCUUGUGGUAUGGGGUACCGAUCGCCACGUGGCCGAUUUACGCGGAGCAACAAAUGAAUGCCUUUGAGAUGGUGAAGGAAUUGGGAUUGGCGGUCGAGAUUAGGGUGGACUAUAGGGAGGGGAGUAAGAUUGUGAUGGCGGAGGAGGUGGAGAGAAGCAUAAAGAGGUUGAUGGACGGUGAUCACGGAGUGAGGACUAGGGUGAAAGACAUGAGAGAGAAGAGUAGGAUGGCGUUGAUGGAAAAUGGGUCUGCAUACCAAGCAUUAGAAGAUUUAAUUGAGGAAUUAUUACCCAAGGUAUGA